CCGCUCAAGGCAGAGGAUGCUGCUCUGUCCAUGGCCCCCGCGCGGCCGCUCAAGGCAGAGGAUGGUGCUGCGGAUAUGGCCCCCGCGCCUCAGAUGUGCGACGAAUUGACUGCUUACAACAACCCACCCACGGAGGAAGACGAGGAGAAACCCGACCUUGCUGUCAAAUUGGAACAGUCGUCUGUUGAUCCUAUCUCCGUGCCCUUCCAAGUCAAGGUUCAGAUUGGUGAGGAGAAGGGCUCUACAACGGAUGAGAGGCCUGUGAUGAGCGUCUAUGAUGAGGCUGUUUCCGUGCCCUUCCAAGUCAAGGUUGAGAUUGGUGACGAGGAGGGCUCUAGAACUGAUGAGAGGCCUAUGAGAAUGGAUGAUGAGGGUUUGCUAGCUGAGUCUGACGAUUUGAACACUUGCCAUGUUGCCAACAACGGACUGUCGAGUAUGGCGCGAAACGCUCCCUGCAGCGAAACAUGUUCUUCCAGGGAUGUACUAUGCGUGCGUGGCACAGAGGACAGACAGACAGGUAGGAGCCAACAUGAGUGGGACGGUUUGGCGGGUAACGGAGGCUGAUUGGGGUGGCAUGGCAGAGGUAAUGACAACCGAAGCCGGUCUAAAGACGGUUUCUGAGGGAUUGUCCGAUUCGGUUAAGCACGGCGCCGAGCGAUGGCCACGUGGGGUUGAUGGCGCCGUAUUUAUGACAGAUGACAGUCAUGAGCUGCGACAAGGUGAUUCCAUGCCAAAAAUUGAACCCGAGGUCUCUGGCGGGUUACAUGAAGAUUCAGUCCCUUCCGUUUCUGGGCGCGUCAGUGUUUCAUUAAAUGGCAACACAGAUCGGGCUGGUGAAAUGCGCUGUAGGGAAUCACAUUGUUAUGCUGUUGGUUUUUCAAAUUCGGUAAAGUUUGAUAUCCAGCAGCUGCCACAUCACAUGGAAGCCAUGCUUUUGAAGAAAGAUGUUAAGCGUGAACUGGAAAUGGAUGCUUUGCUGCCAAAAAUUGAAGCCAAUGUAUCUAGUCCUGCGCAUCAAGAUUCAGUUCCUACAACUUUUGGGAGGAACCUUGCUGUUUAUUUAGAUGGCAAGGAUGGUGAAAUAUCUCAACACAAAACAGGCAUGGAGAAACUGCCUUCUGGCUCACUGGGAGGAGGUAUGCUCUCAGGUGAGAAUAAAUUUUCCACGAUGGAAGGGUGUUAUGCAAAUAAUAGGGGCUUGGGCCAUCAAGGUUUUUCUGGUAUCGAAUUGGGUUGUCCAGAUCAUUUGGCACUAGAGCUCAAUGCAUGUAAUUUUGUCGCUCACAAACCUUGCUCUACUGUCUUUGCUGAAAAUGGUAACGAUGAAGAAUUGGAAAAUCAAAAUUCAGAGUCAUUAAGUGUCUCCAGACGUAGGAAUCCAAGAAGAUCUGCCUCAUCAAGGAAUCCUACUCUUGAGAAACAUGAUCAAAUAUGCAAAGGAAGCAAUAGUUCACGCAAAUCUAACAAGAUCGAGAGUUCUUGCUCACUAGUUGAAAGCACCAUCAAUAAGUUCCCCAAAAAAAUCACAAAGCUGAGAAGUGGCAUCAACAGACCACUGAAAUCUACUGCCUGGGGCAGUCUUCAAAAGCUAACAUGUGGUUUUGGCCUGAACGGUGAACCUUCUACCUCUAAUUCUCAUCUGGUCACCCUUGAAAACGGAAGGUCACAUAAAAGAUCUGGGAAGAAAGAGCAACCUAGUGUUCGGAACAGUCGAAGUUCAACAUGUGCAAAAAAUAAGUCCCCUCCCUUUUCUGCUAUGGGAUUUGCAUCCGAUGAAUUGAAUGGGCAACCUACCUUUUCAGUUACAACUGGUACUUAUGCCUCCUCAGAAGGUUACAUAGGAAACUUUCCAAGAUUGGAUCUUCGUGCUUUGGUCAAUGGUUCUGGCGAUGCUCACAAAACUGAACAAUAUAUGUCUAUAAAGACUGACUUGCAGCAGUUAGACAGGUGCUUGGAGAGUGCUACUCAAGAAACAUGCCCUGCAUACAUCUGUGGAGACUUUGCUAAAUCAACAUCUGAACCUUCUCUAAAUAUUGCCAGUGUUGGAUUUUCACCUGACUCUGUUUUGGAGGUAGCUUCUGCUACAUGUGAAAACAACACUUCUGACUCUGGAAAGAACCUUGCUUCAUCAUCAACAGAUUUGGAGCAGUGGGCCCAAACUGUGAGGGGGGAUGAGAACACAAGAAAUGAAGAGACUAAUCCGUCUCACGCCAUAUCAGGUUUUAUUGGUAAGGGGAAAGUGCAAGUCUUAGAGAAGUCCAAUGCUGUCAGGAAAAGUAAAAAAGUGGGAAAGCAGGAACAACAGAAGAAAGACGGAAUGAAGGGAAAGAACAUAAAAAAUAGAGGAUCCACCAAAAGUCCUUCAAAACUUGGGGCCUUCUCUGAUGAUUCAUAUUCACUUGUUCCAUCAGUUCCUCCAAAGUCUGGUUCUUGUUUUGAGCUCGCAACUUCUGUCACACAGUGUAUCAGUAUGCGUGAACAUGAGAGUGUGCAGGGUCGUCCUGUAAUUGUCUGUGCACUUGACACUGUGAAAUCACAGAGACGGAAGAAAACUGAUGAUUCUGGAGGGAAGAAGGAUACGAUGUGGGAUCCAUAUGUGGAUGGAAAAGGCAUGAAUCAAAAAAUAGCAGGUGACGUUUUGUUUGAUUCUGGAUUGUCUACUUCACCUCCUCCAUUGGUUACUGACCUGGCAGCAUCUCAUACGAAUGAACAGAACGGGGCAUCCGUAUCACAACGACCACGUGCUGCAUGGGUAUGCUGUGAUGAUUGCCAAAAGUGGCGCUGCAUACCAGCUGACUUGGCAGAUACCAUUGGGACAACAAAUAGCAGAUGGACUUGCAAGGACAACCAAGACAAGACAUUUGCUGGUUGUUCGAUACCACAAGAGAAGACAAACGCUGAGAUUAAUGCUGAGCUAGAUCUUUCAGAUGCUUCUGCUGAUGAAGCUGACAAUGAUAGAUCUAACUCAAAAGCUUCUAGAGCACCAUCCUGGACACAUGUUAGGACAAACUCAUUUCUACAUCGUAACCGCAGGAAUCAAUCCAUCGAUGAGAGCAUGGUAUGCAACUGCAAGUCUCCUCAAGAUGGCAGAAUGGGCUGCAGAGAUGGCUGUUUGAACAGGAUGCUUAAUAUUGAAUGCGAAAAACGUACAUGUCCAUGCGGGGAGCAAUGUUCUAAUCAGCAGUUUCAAAGGCGCAGCUAUGCAAAAAUUAGCUGGUUCCAUUCAGGCAAGAAAGGCUAUGGAUUGGAGUUGCAAGAAGAAGUAUCAGAAGGACGGUUCCUUAUUGAAUAUGUUGGAGAGGUGCUUGAUAUAACGGCUUAUGAACACCGCCAAAGAGAUUAUGCUUCUAAGGGCCAGAAGCAUUUCUACUUCAUGGCACUAAAUGGAGGCGAGGUAAUAGAUGCCUGCACUAAGGGGAACUUGGGCCGGUUCAUCAAUCAUAGCUGCAGUCCUAAUUGUCGUACAGAGAAGUGGAUGGUCAACGGAGAAGUUUGCAUUGGAAUUUUUGCUACGAGGAACAUCAAGAAGGGUGAAGAAUUGACGUUUGAUUACAACUAUGUCCGUGUAUCUGGUGCUGCGCCUCAAAAAUGUUUUUGCGGCACUGCCAAAUGCCGGGGUUACAUUGGUGGAGACAUAUCAGAGUCUGGUAUCAUUUCCCAAGAUGAUGCCGAAGCAGAGCAUUUUCAACCCCUGGUCACUUACAAGGAUGCUGAGGAAUUGCUAGGAAAUGCGUAUUCUCAUGUCGCAGAUCCAAGCAUUGUUGAACAUGAAACAUCCAUCCAACGAGAAGACUCAAAGGAUGCUGAGGAAAUGCUAGGAAAUGCGUAUUCUCAUGUCGCAGAUCCAAACAUUGUUGAACAUGAAACAUCCAUCCAACAAGAAGACUCAAACAACUGCCCACCUGCAACCCCAGAUUCCGAACCUCACCAACAAACUUCGCCUAUCUUAUCUGACACUAGUGAGCCAGAAAAUUCUAUGGAAGCAUGGAGCCCACAGGAUACCGAAGAAGUCACCCGUACUCCUGUGCAUGUGUCCCGAAACAUAGAGAGUUCUUUACAGUUUCCAGUAUACGUCACUCAGCCAUUAGAGUUUUUGGAGAAGACUCCCAGCCCGAUUGAUGGACUGAUGGCUCCAAAUGUGAUGAAUAGAUCAACAUCUAGCUCUGAUAUGGGAGGCAGCUUAGUACCUGGUUUCCAUGCUAAGAAGGAAAACAGUCUAAAACAUCAUAGAAAUGUAAAACUACCAUGUCCUAUUGAUAGUGAGCAUACUCUGGGAGUUGAAGUGAGACUGAACAGCCUGCUGGAUCGAGAUGGAGGUAUCAGCAGGCGAAAAGAUUCAACAAAUGAAUAUUUGAGGCUUCUACUUAGGACUGCAGCGGAUGGUGAAGCUGGGGGGACAUCUAAAAGUAUAAGGGAUCUUGCAUUAAUUCUUGAUGCGCUUCUACAAACAAAAUCAGGAGCUGUCCUCUUGGAUAUCAUCAACAUGAAUGGAUUGCAAAUGCUUCAUAAUAUAUUGAAGCAGAAUAGAGACCAUUUCCUUCGAAGACCUAUAAUUAGGAAGCUUCUGAAGGUAUUGGAAUUUCUAGCUUUGAGGGGAAUCCUGACAGCUGAAAAAAUUAAUGAGGGUCCUCGACUUGCUGGAAUGGAAAGCUUCAGGGACUCGAUGUUGAAGUUGACCCGGCAUAGUGACAAACAUGUUCAUCCUAUUGCUCGAAAAUUCUGUGAUAAAUGGAUCCUUCCUUAUAUGGAUGGACCUGCAAACUGUUCUACACAUUCAUAUUCUGCUAGAAGAAAGCGCAAGAGCCGUUGGGAUUAUCAACCAGAAAGCCACUAUAAAAAAACUGUGAAAGUUUAUUCUGGACAUAGAGAAUUGGAUCUUCAGACUAGUUUGAUUGGAAAUGGGUCGCAGGGGAAUCGGGUAACAAACAGCAACCAUAAUGAUGUUCCUGUUGCAGUUGAUGAUGCGCCUCCAGGGUUUGGUGCAGAUGAUGAUGUGCCUCCAGGGUUUGGUGCAGAUGUGGAUGUGCCUCCAGGGUUUGGUGCAGAUGAGGAUGUGCCUCCAGGGUUUGGUGCAGAUGAGGAUGUGCCUCCAGGAUUUGGUGCAGAAGAUGAUGUGCCUCCAGGGUUUGGUGCAGAUGAUGAUGCGCCUCCAGGGUUUGAGCCUCAACAGGAACAUCAGCCUGCACAAGCUCCUUUAGACUUGGGGGGUGCUCCAGGAUUUUGCCAGGAGAGGUAUCUGCCUAACUCGAGUACUUCGUCUGAAAUUACAGUCGCUCUUGUUCAGCACUUUGGAACUCCAGAAGUUGAAGGAACCCAGUGUGGCCUGAAAUGGAAGGUCGCACCUGGUGUGCCUUUUAAUACUCGAGGGAGUCCUUCUCCUUCCACUUUGUCAAUGCAUAUGCCUCAUCAUGAUGGAGCACCUGCAAUGAAACACAACAGUUCAGGAUAUCGAGGAAGAGGUGCGGACAGAGGCGGAAGAAUACAUAGGAACUGGCGGAAUGGGGAAAGAACUAGAUCUCCGUAUGUUCAGGAAGGAAGGAAAUCCCACAGCAAUCAUCAUAGAUUAGAAAGAUGUGAGCCACCAAGGCAUCAGGAGCAUCAUGGUUCAGGGUUUACCGGCAGAGAAUGACCCAGUCCUGGCUUUGAACCUCAGUUAGUUCUAUGCAUGGUAACUAUUGUUCACAAGUGUAACAGAAACUGUGUUAGCUUUUUAUUCUAUUUAACAGGAGAAGUUCAUUUUAUUACUUGAAGAUAUGCUACAAAUAGGUCAUUACCAUUGCAGUUUUAUUACUAAUUUAUUUGCUCCUUAGAUUCUCCAAUGUGUAAUCUUAUAGGAACAAUUGAUUUGAUUCAUAUCUUACAGUCCUAAAUGGCUAAUUUUUCAUUGUCAA